ACCGCGAGAAGAUGAGCGAUGGCAAUAGAAACAAAACCUGAGGACGAAUUUGACACUGUUUUUGAUCAAAAUGACUCGUUAGAGCUGUCUUCGAGCCACGAUUAUGGGAAUGCACAAGCUCGGAUAUUCAAGAUAAUAGUCAUAGGAGAUUCAAAUGUGGGAAAGACGUGUUUAACUUACCGAUUCUGCGGGGGCACUUUCCUGAAAAACCCGGAGGCAACGAUCGGGGUCGAUUUUAGAGAGAGGACGCUGGUGCUUGAUGGGGAGACUAUCAAGUUGCAGAUCUGGGACACGGCAGGUCAGGAGCGUUUCAGGAGGAGCAUGGUGGAGCACUAUUACCGCAGCGUCCAUGCCGUCAUCUUCGUGUACGACGUGACCAGCCUCUGCUCCUUCGAGAGCAUCCCCGAGUGGAUCGAGGAGUGCAGCCGACACUGUGUGGGGCCCCUGGUGCCCCGCAUCAUGGUGGGCAACAAGUGUGACCUGAGGGACCGCCGGGAGGUCCCCACCACCGCCGCCCAGUGUCUCGCCGACAGCUACAACUUCCCAUUGUUUGAAACUUCAGCCAAGGAUCCUGCUGAGAAGGAACAUGUUGACGCCAUCUUUCUGACUUUGGCUUAUAGACUGAAGAGCCACAAACCCCUGAGACUGAAGCAGCCCAGUGAGAGCAAUAUCAGGCAGCUGUGGAACCAGAAAGAGCAGGAAGCAUCAACUUGUCAAUGCUAAGGUCCUGUAUCGAUGGAGUGAGCGGGUCAUCAGGAUACGUUUGCUGAGAAAGAGUCUUUUAUGAUCCUUAGGUUAAAAAGGAAGAUAUGUACCAUGGUUUUCCACUUUCCCUGCCUGAUACAAGUCAUAGCUAGUGACAAUAUAGGCCUAUAUGUUUGCACACUUUUAAAUCAACAUUUCAAUGAAAUGCAUGAAUGGAAAUGGAGGUUAGCCAAGCAUUUGUAGCUCAAAUUACAAUUGAAAUCCCUUCAUGGAACAGUGCAUUGCGGAAAGCACUUUAAUACGUAGACAUAUGCAAACGGCCGUCUGGUAGCACCGCAUUUUAUCUACACUAUCCAAAGCUGACAAUAAAUUAAGGGAUAGCAUGAUUUCAAUGCAAGUAUAAGGACCAAUAAGGUACAUUGAAACUGUGGGGAAAACCACAUAUCGUUUUAUUUAUUUAAGUUGUGUUUCAAACUGAUAUUUGAAAGUUGCAGCAUGAGUUUUGGUGCUGAUGUUUUGAGUGUGUAUUUAGCAAAUAUAAAUAUGAACGUAACCAGCCUUGUGUCAGCAAAGAGAGCUCACCAAUGAUGAAAUGUAGCCAUCUUAUGGGACAAAAUGCAAAUCCACAUAAAUCACUUGAAAAGCAUGAGUGAAUACAUGCACAGCUGUCUUUUAACAUCAUUAUGCCAGAAGGUAUUGAAGAUAGGCGAUCAAAUCACAAUUGACUGAUACUUGUGUGGCAUGUGAACAAAAAUGCACUUUCCAAUUGAAAUACAAUAAGCUGCACAUCAAUAAAAGUGGUUUUAUUGAGGUU